CCAUUUAAGAUGCAGCGUUGUAUACUUUGGCCCCACCCAAAGCAUCACACCCUAAAAAUCAUUCCAGAGCUACAGUCAGUCACUGAGGUAUGCUGUGGUCUUUGUGAACACUCAUGUUUAGGGCAUGUGUACUGACAACAUUCACCGAACUAACGCUAUGAAUGAGGAAAGCUCGUGUAUACGUAGUUCAUGUUGGUUAUUGCGCUUGAUCUCUGCAUGCUUGGUCUCUGCUUCUCUUCAUAGAAGCCCUGGGGUACAUUUGGCUCAUAUUUGCCAUAAUUAAGCAACAUGAAGGCAGCGUGGCUGGACUCCACUUCUUCUAGAGGUCAAAAAGAGAGCUAGAUACAUUUUGCUUCACGCUGACUAAUGCUCUUGUAAAGAACAAUCGGUGCCAACAUCGUGUCUCGACAGGCGUGUUUCUAAUAUCAAGUAAAGCGAGCUUGCAAGGCAUGACGGAGAGUGUGUUUUGCCUGGCAGGUUAAAUGAAGAACGGCUGUACUCUGGGUGAAACGAUGACCCGUGGUUUUGACACUGUCAGGAUUAAGCCUUAAUGAGGGAUUCAUGAACUGACAUUGUUAAAUUUAGAGCUCAGUCGCCCACAUUUUACCUGGGGUUUCAAGUGUGACGUCCUGCUUGAUAUGGGCGUAUUUUAAAGCAACAUUUUUGACUUGGUACAUAAUCUGCUCUUUAAGGAAUGUGUUUUGACAAGAAUAAUGGACAGCAAGAGUUUGUCAUUCAAGGGACUUGGCUUGUACAACGACCAUUGUUUCGGAAUGCAGACUUACAGGUAAUUGACAGCUUUCGAUGGGUGUGUGCUCGGCUUGUGUACCUAGCAGCAAUGGGAGUUAAAGGUGUAACCAUAGAGUGUUGAAGAGGGAGGGGGCUGAAGUGGAGGUACAGCCAGAGGGAGAGUCAAAGAGGGUGGAACUGACAGAGGGGGCGAGGUUGUCAGUGAAAGGGAAAUGAAGGAGUAAGCAAGAUUGUGCCUGCAACACAGAUUCACUGAGAGUACAGCUGACUUUAAAAGAAGGCAGACAUGGUUGGAAGCAAACUGGAGGAGAGAACAAGGAGCGACUAGGAAAACCACAAGACAUCAGCAGCCAACCUUGGCCACCUUAUCUUUUCCAUCUAUAUACGGAAACCACUGGAUUAUUUAUAAGCCUCUCCCUCUUGCUGUGUGUGUGUGUGUGUGUGAGAGAGUGUGAGAGAGAGGGAUUGUGCUGCGCUCACCCCCAACAUGCUGUGUCCUACUGCCGUCAGUGCAGCUGCUGCGGCUGUCUGGCUGCUGGCUGUGCUGGGCCCGGGCCUGUCUCUUCCAGCUGAGGACAACUCGGAGCCAGACGUCAGCCUCUGCACCCACUGCUUCUACAGACAGACGCCUCCUCAGGGAGCCUCUUCUGCAGGGUUGCUCUGCCACAGCCUGCCUGGGGGACAGGCAUUCGCCACUCUGUCCAAACCGACCUGUGACACCGCCGUCUUCUCUGCCUUCCAUCUCAGCCCCGGAUGGACAGAGAAGGAGGGGGAAGAGCUCGUGGAGGAAGAAGAAAACAUUAAAGUGGCAGUACCAGCCCUUCUCAGAGGAGGCGGGGAUCCGUCUCAUCACGUCUCGCCCACAGACUCCCCGCUUCAACACUGGGACUCAACAGUCACAACACUGGUCCAGUCAAGCAUCUCUCCCCAGUGCAGCACUUUAGGGGGCGAUCUCUACAUCCUGACCGGGGUAGGGGGUCUCAGGGAUGGAGACGGGGAGUGUCAGACAACGCCGCUGUGGUCUGCAGUGUGCUGCACUGUCCCAGAGGGGAAGAGUGGCUUCAGUAUGGGGUUAAUCAGAGAGACAGGGGGAGGGGAGAGGCAAGUGAGCGUGAAGGAGCUGGAGGAGAUUCUCGGAGUGGCAGAGCUGUUCUCAGAGGGCUGUGGAGUAGCAGAUGGGGAGACUGUUGGAAUCAGAGUAGGUCUUCACAGUGAGGGGCUCCCUGGGAACAUAGAAAAGCUGCAUGCAGAUCUUACUGGUGAAAACACAGGAGCUAAAGAUGUAGAUUCAAACACUGGUCGAGCCACUGAAGGAGAGGAGGUUGGUUCAGGUGCCACUAAAGGAGAGGAGGUUGGUUCAGGUGCCACUGAAGGAGAAGAGGUCGGUUUAGGUGCCACUAAAGGAGAGGAGGUUGGUUCAGGUGCCACUAAAGGAGAGGAGGUUGGUUCAGGUGCCACUAAAGGAGAGGAGGUUGGUUCAGAUGCCACUAAAGGAGAGGAGGUUGGUUCAGAGGUCACCAAAGGAGAGGAGGUUGGUUCAGGUGCCACUGAAGGAAUCAAUCAGCGUGAUGUGACACAUUCAAGAGCUGUCAGAUCAGGGUCUCCUGAGUCCUCAGCUGACUAUGAAACUGCGGAUGAACAAGAGACAGACACAAAUUCCAGCAGCACUCUGAUGUACGUCCUCUCCACCACCUUGUCCAUCCUCAAAGUGCCGCUGCAGCCGGUGUUCUCCACUGUCACUAAGUUACCUGGACAGGUGAUGGACGUUCUUCAGGAAGACCUUGGGGUUCUGUCUGCACUUCCUGGCGAAACCUUCUCCCUCUUCCACCUCUUGACUUCUGACCUCUUGUCUUGGUCCGGCUCAGCUGGAGAAAUGCUACUGGGUAUCGGGGAGAACUGCUGCUCCAGCAUCUACUACUGCUCCUCCUCCAUACUGGGGGCCCUGCUGAACAGCUGCCACACUGGGGUCACUGGCAUGGGGACCCUGGCUGGAGACACAGUGGGGAUAUUUGGCGAUGCGUUCGAUAAUGCUUGGUGGGUGACCAAGUUUUUCGGAGGCCGGCUGUGGGAGCAGAGCGAGGGUUACGUAGGAACGGUGGCGUCAGAGAUGGGGGGUCAGGCGAAAGCUUUCGGUGGCGGGUUGGGGAGGCUGGUGUGGAGAAGUGGAAGUGGGUUAGUUAAUGUGUUUAGAAUCGGAGGGGGUUUAAUAAUGGGGAUGGUGGAUGUGGUCUUUGGUGCGGGGAAAUUGGCUUUUGAGCAUGAGUUUAAAGUGGAACAAAAGUCCACAUGAAGUCAUAGUGACAAACUUUUUUUUUUUUCUCCAGUUUUGGUUUGUGAAUUUUUUUAGCACGUGGAAAAAGGGGGGGACUAUUUCAGUUGGAUGUAAUUUGAAGCUCAGUUGUUACGAUAAGGAUAGCUAUACGUUUCUGAAUCACAUUUCUUACAUGUAGGUCUUACACUUCACUGUGGCUGGCUGUCCAAAUAAUCUGCUGCUGGGAUAAGUGACCCAACUGAUUCAAAAAAAAACACUGUGCACAAGGCUUUUGGAUGUAAUUAUUCAAAACAAUUAUUGUAUGAUAGUUGUUAUGAUAAAUGUUUGCUUACAUGUACAUUUUAAUAAAAGAGGAUGCUGGCAUACUG